CACAUAUACAUACAACCAAAGACUUACAAAAAUGCCUGCCAGACACACCCAAUCAUGCUCCCCAUACACAGCCUAUUCACUCUGGUCCCGGUACUGCUGCACAUGGGGUACAACCAUCACCGGUUCUCAGAGUUCGACCCUUUCUGCUGGGGUGCUGAUGAGCAGGCUCCCCCGCCCAACGCUGAGCAAAGCAGCCCAUCACCCCAGACCCCAACCAGACGGCCAGCUCCCCCUCCUAGCCUCCAGCCCCAGAAAGCCAAGCAACAACAUUAACAACAUAUUCAUGGACUCUUGACGAAGAAGGCUGUUGUUGAAUUGGCGUCCAGGAAACAGCAGAGAACGUCUUGGCUAACAGAAGCUAACUGUUAGCAUUUGCAACUCCACCACUCAGCAGAACUCCUCCAAGCUUGUGUUAUUUGUGGAGAUCAUAAACAUCAACGUUGCAGAGCAAACAGAGUCAGUGGUAGAGUCGUGUUGCUGUUAUCCAAUCAGAGGAGAGAUGUCCAAAUAUCAGGAAAUAAGACUCCAAAUCCUGUCGUCUGAAGCUGCUUUCUCCUCUGGGUGAGUUCUCUGUGAUGAAACAGGUGCAUCAGAGCUUUUGUUCCCCAGAGAACAACUUACGAGGCAUUUAUUCCUACUAUAGGCCUCUGCAAAUGUAUUAAAAAUAACAACCCCAGGACUAUGGUUUGCUCCUUUUCACUUCGAUGGAGAUGGAGGGUGGAAGUAGACACAGAAUAUUGGAUUGAGACAGAUAAUGACGUUGGGGUAAAAAGCCCAAGGCACAAGCUGUUGUCAUGGGAGGAGGGGUGGGAACAUUUGCUGCAAACAAAACACAAGCUUUGUUUCUAGGUAAUAUUUGUUGCUUAUUUAGCCUUCUCAUUAUUAGUUAUAACAUUUUGAUUGUAAAGUUGUUUUUUUAUCUGUUACUGAAAUAAAAUUUUACUUGAAUGUUGGUGACUGUGUUAGUUUCAUUUGAAAUAUCCAAAAUAUCUUUUUCUAUAAAUGCGGUCAGAGAAACUUCUAGUCUUUCUGUUUGAUCGAUCCCUCUACAUGACCAACAAAGGCAGAAUUUUUGGCUGUUAUUUAUGUUUACAAUCUGGCCUGAAGCUGUUUUUUUAACUGAUCCACCCACUUAUCACAAAACUGGUUCUGCUGCUCAAUAGUUCCUACUCACACACCUGAGCAACACAGCAGUGACCGUGCACGUAUCCUAAGGUGCCAGUCACCUGGAUGUGGGUGUGGUGAGGAGAGAGGUGAGGAGAGGACUCUGACAGUCCACAUGUGGGGAUCCAACAGGAACAAGGACCCUGCUACCUUUGAGGGGACUCCCACUGAAACGCUCCUGGUUAGUCGCAGAGAACCUGGAGGAUUAACAUUUUGAAACAUGGUGCUUUUGUCUGAUCUGGGACCAGUUUUUGUGUCUGUGCUGCUUUGGUCCUGUUUGUUUUUGUCUGCAGCUGUGCUGAAAACCAUCAAGAAGGACACAGCUGAGCUCACCUGCAGUCAGGGUUUAACAAACUGCAAUGUGAGCUCAGAUUAUCAGUUCAGCAAUAAUCUCGCUGAACCGUAUGGCUCAGUGGACGUUACGCAGGUGCAGCUCACUGCUGCUCUUUGCCUCUCAGCCUCCAUAAAUGAAUAUGAACUCUGUCUGCAAGUCAUCAUCAGUCUCCAAGAAGAUGUUCCUCCUGAAGGGUCAGCUGAGGAUGACGAUGAGGAAGAAGCUCUUAUAAAAGUGGGUCUCUUCGUUCCGGGUUCCACGGGGAUCUGGAAGGCACUGACCUUCAACCGGAGCUACACUGGUUCAGGGCAACAUUCCAAACAUUCCCAUUAUGAGGUAGUGUUGUUGGUAAAAGGAAGUAUAUUGGAAUUUGGCACACCACUCGUUGUGCACACAAUUCUAAAGAGCUAUCGCAUUCAAAACAUUACAAUACCAGAUUAUAAAGAAGUUUGCAAAUCAGAAUCAGGGGGGACCAUAACAAAAUGUGUUGUUCCCUAUCUCCGUGCUGUGAUUGAACAUGAGAACAAAGUCUGGCUGAAAAUAGAAAACGUCAAACAUCAGAAAGGCUCCUGUCUGGUGGAUUGGGAUGGAAUAUCUGGAGAGCAUUACACAUGGGCCGAAGGAGAAAGUGAAAUCAACAUUUCACAAGUUUUUGUGGCACCGUGCUUAUGCUUCCAGGCUUGGUGGGAUGGAGAAGACAAGAGAGGAAGAUACUGUCCUUUCAAACAUCACAAAGACGCCUUUGAAAAAAUGCAGCACAACGUGUCAGUGACACUGGCAGAGCCUGGGAUGAGGAAGAACGGGAAUGUGCUCACCUGGAAUGUAACUUCUGUCUGCAUGCUGCAGGGAGAGGUGCGUCUGUGCAAGAAGGACGGUACAGGAGCCCAGUGUGAGGAGGUGAUGGGCUCCACACAGAAACUGGGAAACAGCUGGACAAAGUCAAGCAGCAGACACUGGCAAGCAGGAGAGUUCAGUGUGUCGAAGCAUCACCUGCUUUGUGUGCAGUUCAAAAUAAAUGGGAUGGAGUCGUUCUCAGAGCCACAGUGUCCUUUUACAGUUUUUCCAGCAUCUCGAGUGAGAUGGAUCCUGCCACUUCUCAUCGGAUUAAUGCUGAUAUGUUUGGCCAUACUUGGAGCCUAUUUAGUACAAGGUGUCCUAAAAGGCUACGUUUGGAAGUGGUUGAAAGAAGAUGAUGUAAAAGGUGCUGUGGGUGGAGGCCAUGUGGUCCUGCUGUACCCGUCUGAUGAUGACAGGCAUCUUCCAGGCAUGCUGUGUCACCUGGGCUCAUCUCUUCAGGCCCUGGGCUUCACUGUGUCGCUGGACCUCUGGAGCCAGACUGAGCUAAGUGCCUUGGGCCCUGUGCCAUGGCUCCAUUCCCGACUGGACCAGCUGCAAAGACAGGGGGGUAAAGUGGUGUUAGUCCUAACCAAGGCCACCUGGACCCGGGCUGAAGAGUGGGGAGCCCUCAGCAAUGACGGGGUGGUGAACAGAGAUGCGGGGGAAGUGUUAGGAAGAAGCUACCCUCCAUCUUCACGCCGAGUGGAUGUUUUCGGAGCUUCGCUGAGCUGCAUUCUUGCAGACUAUUUACAGGGCCGGGCUGGUGAGAGGUUCAUGCUGGUGCAGUUUGAAUCCCUCCCCCCUGAACCACCAGAUGGUUUCCGUCCACUCCCGUGUCUUUUUUGUGGACUUCACGUUUACAGUCUUCCAUCCCAGAGUCUGGGCUUUCUGACUGAACUUGCUGGCACCAAGCAUAUUGCUUCGGCAUCAGCCAGACGGAAAAGGGCGGGGGGGCUCAGAAAGGCAUCUCGAGCCCUGGCGCAGAAGCUGUCAGGGUUCACUGCAGGGACAAAUGUCUUCAGACUGGCUGGUGUGUCUCAGGGUUGUGUUGGUGGGGAAGUGGAAGACUCAGGGGAAACUGUGCCUCUGCAACCAGAUCUUACACCCCUAUCCAGCCCAGAGACAGAGUCCAGGGCUGGUCUGAUGGAACCGGUCUGACAGCUAUGGUGGCAAAGAUUCAGCUAUGGGACGAGCUGCUCAUGGUGUCAAGAGUACUUCAAACUCAUACUACAGUAAGUCAUGUUCUUCCAGUUCAGUUUUGCCAUUUGCAAGUCAUAAGAAACUGUGAAAAUAUGGAAAAUGCAGGUUGGCAGAAAAUCUUUUUUAUUGACAAAAAUGAGACCUAUAUGGCUGAAAAGAAUAUAUAGCAUUUUGCCCUGAAACGUGGCGAAAAGACGCAGGAUGUUAGAGGAGAUCAUUUACGAAGAAAAACUUAAAAAUGCAAAGGAAGCAUCUCGGUGAGGUAAACCGAUGCUCAUCUUGGCUGUUUCCGGCCACGCGGCUGGGUGUUUGUGUUUUUGCUACUUUAUUUGUGUCUAAUAUUUAGUUGCAGAUAUAACUUAAGAGGAGUGUGUGGAAAAAAUAUAACCACUAUGUUUUGUAUAUACUUAUACAAUUCUGUAAAAUAUGUAAUAUGUUUAGCUGUUUAUCCAUGAAAGGGUUGUUGGUCUUAUGGUUUGUUUAAAGGGAAGGAAUAAAGCAUUUAUGUGCUUGCUUGACAAAUUAAUUCUUGCUCAUAUUUUUGCAAAAACACUAUUUCUAAUUUUCGGUUUUAGAAUGGGGCUUUGAUGAGCACUUUCAAUGUUUGAAAAUGUGUGUAAUUGUUUGUUUUAUAAAUGCCUUGUUAUUAAAAAAUAAUACAAGCGUUUGUUUGCAGCAUUCAGUUAAAACAUGCACAACAAAUAGAAACCCAAGCUAAUUCCAAAAAUCUUUGCAGCAUUACAGGUUUCCAGCAUACUUGUGCAUGAUUAAGAAUGCAAAGUAACCUAAAAGGAGGGAAAAAUACAUAAACAAAAAAUGAAUAAACCUAUUAAAGCAGCAACUUGUGCGUUAACUCUGUUUUAUAUAUUUUAUAUAUACUGUAUAUUUACAUGACAUUUGCUUUUUUAUUUUUUGUUUAAGAAACAACAUUUUAACCCUUGUCACACCCUUUAACUUUUGCAACACCUUUUUAUCUUGGUGCACUGCACAAAAACGGGCUCUGGAGACCAAGUUUCAUCCUUAGCUUCAGUCCUUAAAAUCAUAAUGAAGUUUUGUGUAUUUCUGUGA